AGAUUUCGGGGGCGAGUGGAGGCGAGCGGUGUUGCCUUCCAGUGAGGCGAUCGCGUUUUCAACUUCGGGAGGAAAGAAUUUGCAACAUUGAGCCCUUGCAACAGGAGUGUUUCGAGGUCUGGGGUGCGGUGUGUUGAUGCGCGGUUAUGGGGGACGUAGCCCUGAAGCCGGAGUCUGCAAUUGCAAGCGAGCGAGCAGUGAAGCAGCGGCGAUCAUGCAAGCAGGCAGUGUAUGGAAGCAGUGACAUGAGCCAAGGACGCCUUCAUGCAGAGCAGGAUUUCCUUAUCAAACUUGUUUACUAUGUCGGAGCAAGAGACCAGUAGAAGCCCAGAGAACGGAAGAGCGGACGUGGAUGACCUCUCUGAGGCGAGGGAAGACUCCUCAUGUGAAGUGGAGAAGCCAUGCUGUUCAGACGUAAAUAGUUGCCUUAGCUGUGACAGUGGUAUGGGAAACACCGUCUUCUCCUCUCCAGAGAAAGGUGAAAAGGAGAACAGCGAACACUCAGAUGACAAGGACAGUGACAGUAGCGACCAGAAUGAAACGCUUACUAGAGAGAAUGACCCCAGUAAGACGGCUUUUGUGAAGAGCCAGGCUGGUGCUUCAGACCCAGUGUGCAGCCCUCAAGAUGAGGCAAAGGACAAGAUAGUAGACAAUCAUGUUGACAGUGCAUUUUGCGUGAAUGGUAGUGUAAGUCUGCCAAAAGAAGAUGAACAACUGACUGUACAAGAGAAUCAGGGGAAAGAGGAGGGGAAAAAUAAUCUUUGUGAUUUAGGUACAAACAAAGUAAAUCAUGCUAGUGAGGUACUAUGCAAAGCAGUGAGAGAGGAGAUGCACAUGGCAGUGUUGACUUAAAGGUGAAUGAGGAUGUAGGACCCAGUGAGAAUAGUGUGAAUGUGACCAUUAAUCCUCAGGAUAAGGUUACAGAUAGCAAGAGCGAUGCAAGAGAGAAUGUUGCAAAUGAGAUUGAGGUCAGUGUAAGUGAUAGUGACAAUGUAAAAUUAAAAGAAGUGCCACUCAUUGUGAAAGGUAAUGAAGAAAAUACAGUGCACGUCUGUCAGAGUGAUUUUGAUGGCCCAAAGGAACUAGUCGGUGAAGGCAUGGCUGUGGAUCUGGAUAUCAACAGAGAUACAGACUCGGAGGCGGGAGAGUCCUGUUACAGUGAAGACCAAGAGCAAGUGGAUGGCUGUCAGGGGGGGAACGACUGCCUGCAUCAAGAUGGGGUGUGUCACACUCAGCAAAAUUGGGAUUAUCUCAUGGACGAAGAAUUUAACGUUCCAAGAAAUCCAGUAUUCAAUGGUUCUGCAGAUCAGCUGUGCAGAAGAAGUAAUUUGAAGAGGAAGGCCAGUGAGGAACCUGAAGAUGUGUCUCCUCCAAAGUGCAAGCGUGGCAUACAAUUUGAAGGUGUGACGGUGUUUUAUUUCCCUCGGUCCCAAGGCUUUACCUGUGUCCCAUCACAAGGAGGUUCUACACUCGGGAUGUCGCGUCGACACUCUCACAUAAGGCAGUUUACCCUUGCUGAACAUGCUGUUGAACAGAGGCGGGCGCAUCGAGAAUAUCUUCUGAGGUUACGACAGCAACGCUCAGCAAGGGAGCGUGGAGACAGCAGCAGCCGGGGGAGCAGUUCAGAAGACAGCGAAGAAAAUAGUGAGGAGGCCAGUGAUCUUUCAGACUCAGAACUGGAUGCUGAUUCUUACUAUUUCCUUCAGCCCCUGCCAAUCCGUCAACGCCGAGCACUGCUGCGUCAAGCCGGCAUCCGUCACAUAGAAGGUGUGGAGAAGGAGGAAUGCAAAGACAUCCGGGUGUCAAGGGAAUUGUGUGGUUGCCAGUGCAAGGUCUACUGUGAUCCAGACACCUGUCAGUGUGCACAGGCUGGCAUCAAGUGUCAGGUUGAUCGUCACAACUUCCCUUGUGGAUGUUCCCGUGAGGGUUGUGGCAAUUCAUAUGGGAGGAUAGAGUUCAACCCAAUACGCGUGCGAACGCACUUCAUUCACACGCUCAUGCGUCUAGAAAUAGAAAAACGCGGGCUAAGUGGCUGGCCACCGCAGCAACUCCAAAUGGCUUUAGUAGCGGGAGUGGGCUGCCUAGUGGAAACCUGCCAUUCUUUGAGGGUGCAAGAGAGCCAACUGGAUUGUCUGUCACAGAGCUGCACAAGUUCAACUCUUCUGUUGAGAUGACUCCAUGCGUUGGGUCGAUGAGCACACCCCUUUACCCGCACUUUGAGUCUCGGCAGAUGCUUGGCCCCGGCACCUCACCCUCUGUUUACAUCCAACAUGACAAUGUAGGUGACUACAACUCUGGGACAUGCUCUGUUUUUGGUGGACUGUCUACAACAUUUGACCCAGCAGCUCCAUAUGGGUCCUGUCACAGUUUUCCUCCUUCUGGUGUGGUGGCUCCUCAAGCGGUUGCCCCACAGGUGCCUCCUCAGCCUACCCCUGAUGCAUAUAACUCCCUUUCUAAGUUUGCCAACUCAGCCAACCUGGUGUCUAGUUCUUUUCCGUACUCUGGUGCUGUAGCCCCAGCUCCAGUCAAUUGCUCUUAUUCUCAAAACAACUUCUGUGUGCCUGGGAUGAAUGACAACUCAGCUGCUACAGUAUUUAGUCCAUACCAUGAACACGGAGCAUCAUCUGCACAAAACUUGUUUAAGACUGGUGUGAACGAGUGCAGUGAUUUUCAGCCAAACUUUGAGGCAAUUUCUUCCUCUUCUACAUCUUCAGACAAGAGCAGCAGAUACGUUCCAGCCACAUCUUUAGUUGGACCAACCAAAGAGGUGUGUGCAGAUUAUGCAACAGGAGCGGCCGUGAGUAGUUGCUCUGCUGUUGUGGAAGGAAGCUACAAAGUGGAUAGCUCAGUGUCGGAUGCAUCACAUAGCACAGUUGUUUCAGCUUCCAGGCCAGAGCAGCUCCUACCGACCCACCCAAUGAGCACAGCCUCCUCAGUGCUCAACUUUGACUCCAGUCACCUUGGCAGCACAAGCAAGGACACCGUCAUAAACAGCCAGGCAGAUCCACCCGAAUCUGCUGAGAACUUAGGGGAAAUUGUUAAGAAAUCAAUGGUUGAGACUGUAUCUGCUUAAAGCCUGUGUGGCAAGGGACAUUUUGGUUCACAGCUUUAGUUUCUUCUGAUAGAGGCAUCUAAUGACAGAGAAGUAAAUAAAUAUUAGCUAUAGGAAGUAUUACAGUGAGCUGUCUUAUUGUGUGAUGAAUUUUAGCAGCCUGAUUGUAGUACUUUCUAUUGUCUUUCAUACAUUUCAUCAAUAUUUGAUGGUUAUUUUUACUGCUAAAUAUUAUAAUUUACUGUUUUUAUUUGUCCCAAUGCAAAGAGUCCCAGUUUUUUUAAUGUUGAUAUGCAAAUUUUAUUUUAAAGUUACAGGAGUACACUAUUGCAGAAAUGAAUAGGUAUUUAUGCAGCACCACGUCUUAAAUUUCACACUGUAUAGAAAUGCUCAAUUAUUGGAUCCUGUGACAAAGUGCAAGCAUACGUUUUCACUAUUUCCAGCUCACUUUUAUAGAAAAUGAGAGAAAAAGAAUUUUGUAAUACAUAUAUCAAAGUUGUUUUGUACUUGAAUAACUAUUGGAUACAAAGUGUAUAGCAAGAAUUAUUAUGUAUAAGCCACAGGGGUCAUUUCAUGUAUCUGAUGCAUUUUUCUUUUGAGAUUUAAAUAUGUAGAAAAUAAUAGUUUAAUAGGGUGUUUUGUUGCUGCAUUUAUAAAUCAGUUUUAGUUAAACUUAUUAUUAUUUUUUAAAAAAUGUUUUUUAAGAAAAAAAUUGUUGUUGUUUUAAGUUUAAAAUCACAGUUGGCCCCAAACCAUUCACAAGUGGUGUUCCAAAACCUUGCUAAAACUUUGCAAAUACUUGUGAAUGUUGCUAGUACUGUUAGGCUACCUCACAGCAAUUGUCUCAUUCCAAGACCAUUAUGUGUAGUUAAAUAAAACUAACUUGUAACUGUUGAUAAAAUACUCCAUAACUAUUUUAAAAUGAAUGAAAAUGCAUAUUUUAAAUACAGUACAUAUGUGAAAAGGUAUGUAAUAUAUUGAUGCAUUAAAAGCAAAAAAGGCAAAGAAACAAGUGAUCUUAAGAGUGACAUAGAUGCACUGAUGCCACCACUCGCAUGAAACAGAAGGUUGAAGCAAGAUGCCUAUAUUUGAUGUGGCUUAUUUUUUAUAUAUUUUCAAUAUACCUACUUGUUAAGUAUCAUCCAUGUUUAUUUUAUUUUAUUUUUUAUUUUUAUUUAUUUUUAUUUAUUUUUAUUUUUAUUUAUUUAUUAUUUUUGUUAUUGUUAUUUGUUAUUUAAUAUUUUUAAUGUAUUGUCAGAUUGCAUUUGUACUUUGCAGCAUUUUUGAUAUAUAGUGAUGGGAUCAUUUGAUUUCUUAUUAUUUUUUUGAUAAAUAGGCCAAGCAUGCAGGUAAUCAAGUCUGGUAAUGUCAUGCUUGUGAGGUGAUGGGGCCAACUGCAUUCAGAAAUAGAAAAGGGAAAGUUUUUCUUCACUGCUGCCAAUGUGUCUUAUUUUGGUGAUUCUCAGUGACAUUGAAAGUGGACUUUGCAUGAAGUAUAUGCAUAUAUAUUUUUUCUUACAUCUUCCUGUACAAUUUUUGCUUUGUAACAUCAGAUACACUAUCAUGACUGCCUGUUAAUGGGAAACAGAGUCACAGGUUGUUUCUACUUAAUAUUAUUUAUGGAAACAUGAUAUCUUAGGAUCUAAAUAUUUCCUUGCGGUCAAAAAGAGGUAAAUUAAUUGGUUCAGUAACUUUUGAAUAGCAAAGAUCAGUACAGAUGAAUAUUUGUUUAGUUAUCAGGAGAACUAUAAAAAUGACAUAAGAUGUUUAACUGUUUAUAUUGUACAGACAGUGAAUGUCUUCUGUAUAUUUCAAGCUCUUUUCAGAAAGUGCGAUUUUUUAUGUGAAAUAAUUUUUAAAGGUAUAUCGUUUGAA